AUGACGCUCGAAGAGACCGGCGAGUCGAACCUCCUCAGCAACUCAGAUCUGCUGAGGAAGAUCGACAGGCUCCGCGAGAAGAACGUCGGCAAGCAUGUUCCCCUCCCUCAGCUGGUCGUGGUCGGAGACCAGAGCUCCGGAAAGUCGUCUCUUCUGGAAAGUCUCACCAAGAUACCUUUCCCCCGUGACCUGGGGCUCUUUGAUAUCCGCAUUCUUCCGGGUCCCGACGCGUCUGAAUCUCAUAUAAAACAACUGCAGACGUUUCACAAAACCUUGAAGCAUACUCGGGAUUUCCGCUCCCAGUUUCCAGCUAUCUUGAAGGAGGUCAAUUUUCGCAUGGGCAUUCGAAGUGAUCUCUCUUCCACCGAAGGGACUGUCUUUAGCAGAGAUGUGCUUCGCAUCGAGCUGUGCGGUCCCUCCGAAGAUUACCUGACUGUGAUCGAUUCUCGCGGUCUUGACUUAGGGAACUUUGGGGGAGAUAUUCUCUCCAGCGCCUUCAGAGAGCAAACGAGCAAGUGGGAGGCAAUGGCUAUGGAUUAUGUGAGCAAGAUUAUCAUGGUCAUCCACCAGUUCUGCUUCAUGGCGUUGGAAAGGGUUUGCGUCAACAAGCAACUCCAGGAGAAAAUCUGGUCCAACAUGCUUUAUGGGCUUUUGGAGCGAUAUAACCGUAUACCCUCAACCAUUACUUCAAACGACACUCUUCAAAAGCUGCGUGUUGCCCGACUGAGCAAGACUUUGGAAGGCAACGCUCGGAAGGUGUUGAAGACUGGUACACACGGGAGCAUCGUGGUCUCCCAAAAUCUUGUCGUCGACUUGGAGACUGUCAAGCAGACAGCCACUAAUCAGAGCAAUGUGGAAUUCAUCAUGGAGGAAAUCCAUGAUGGUCUCUGGGCUUAUUACAAGGUUGCACGCAAGCGAUUUGUGGACAACAUCUACAUGCAGGCCGUGGAUCACUGUUUGUUGACUGGAUCUGGCAGCCCGCUCAAAGUCUUCAGUCAAGAAUGGGUGCUCACUUUGAAUGCGGAUCAGUUGGAGGCAAUGGCAGGCGAGUCCCCGAUGACCAAAUCACGACGGGCGAUCUUGACGCAGAAGGUGGCGGAAUUGAAGGCCGCCGUACAGAUCCUGAUGUCCUGAUCAUGAUACGUACCAAGAUUUAAUUCGUCUGGUCUUCUACCAGCGUGUAAU